AUGAACAAGCUUAUCACUGUCAUCCGAGAUUUCUCAUAUAGUGUUUAUAAUUGGUGCUACGAAACUGUAAUAGGGGAAAAUACUCGGAAGUACAAGAUGACAUGGAAAGUUCCAAAGGAAUCUUUGAAAAUUAUUGUUAACAAGAAUGCAGAUGCGAGAAUGCAACGUGAACUUGAAAAUAGAACAGCAAAAGAUGAAGCAAAUGCUUUAACAUCACGACGAAGGGUAUUUGGCUCAUAUGCUCUAAUUGGCACCCAAAGAGCAGAGUUUAUUCAGUUUCGACAAAUUAAACAUAUCGAUAUCACUAAUGCUUCUUUAGACUUUUUGUAUAACUUAAAGCAACUGAAACAUGACAAUCUGGCAAACUUCUAUGGUAUUCAAUUGAAUGAUGAUCUCAACACAAUGACAAUUUUACACGCAUUAGUGGAACGAGGAACACUGGAGGAAUUUUGUUUGGAUCGAGAUUUCGGUAUGGAUGAAACGUUCAAAUCCGCAUUUAUGAGAGAUAUUUUGAAGGGUCUUCAAUAUCUUCACCUAUCUCCUGUUGCGUAUCACGGUCAUCUUCACGCAGCCACUUGCCUAAUAGAUAUAAAUUGGGUACUGAAAAUUGCAUUAUAUGGGGUCACAAACUUUGUGUGUGAUAACUUCGACGCAGAAAAUAUAACGAUGCCAGAUAGAAGUGACUAUACUAUAUCUUACGCGCAGUAUGUGUGUUUUCCGCCGGAGCAUAUUCGAGAAUAUGAUGCUACUGGAAAACUGCCAACCAGAUUUGUAAGAGGCAGUAAACAAGGCGAUAUUUAUUGCGUUGGAAUGAUUUUUUAUAUGAUGAUCGAACGUGAAGAUCCAUAUCGACUGAUUCACUCAGUUGAGCGACCGGGUUCUGGUCUCAUGAUGGAAAUUCUUGAUCACAAUCUCAUGCCAUUCAUUUCAAACAAUGAAACACAAGAGGACACUCUGCUGGAUAAAUGUAAAGAAUGCUGGAAUAGAGAUCCGGAAAAGCGACCGACAAUUGAAAAUCUACGAAACGCAAUUGCAAUAUGUUACGCUGAUUCAAAAGGAAAUUUAAUCGAUCAAAUGAUUAGAAUGAAUGAGAAGUAUGCCGAUGAGCUCGAAACCCUAGUUGCGGCAAGGUCUGCUGAUUUGGCCCUUGCACAGAUGCAAACAAUGAGAUUGCUAAAUGAGAUGCUGCCAGCGAGUAUUGCAAAAGACUUGAAAAACGGAGUAAUCGCUCCCGCUAGAAGUUAUGCAUCGGCAACGGUUAUGUUUGUCCAAAUAUGUGACUUCAUUGUAAUUUUGAAGCGACGUCCUCCAAAAGAAGUAAUUGGCUUUCUCAAUGACAUUUUUGAUCAGUUUGAUACUGUAAUCAAAAGGCAUGACGCUUAUAAGGUUGAAACUACUGGCGAAACCUACAUGGUGGCAUCCGGUGUACCCAACGAGAAUGAAGGACGGCAUGUAUUCGAAGUCGCGGAAAUGAGUUUGGAAAUUCGUGCUAUAUCGUUGUCAUAUACACUAGAAAAUGACAAAAACUACAAGCUUCGAGUUCGAAUAGGAUUCCACGCAGGUCCUAUUGCUGCCGGUGUAAUCGGAAUUAAAAAUCCUCGCUACUGUCUUUUUGGUGACACUGUAAAUUUCGCGUCCAGAAUGCAAUCAAACUGUCCUCCCCUGCAAAUUCAAACUAGCGAAAUUACAGCAAGAAUGCUAUUGGCCACUCAUGAGUAUAAACUGGUGAAACGAGGGAUAGUUCAUGUCAAAGGAAAAGGUGAAGUGAAUUGCUACUGGCUUAACGAGCACAUACACAAGGACGAAGAAAUCGAGGAAUCGGGCACAAUAUCCCAUCCCUUAGAGUCGUGA